AUGCCUAAAAUCCCAACGAAAAUAAAAAACAAACGCGUUAAUUUGUUGAUUAAUGCUAGUGAAAACAGUUCUAGGUUGAAUAGAAAAACAGGAAUCUAUGAAGACAACUCUAAUAGUCUUUUCACUGACAUCAAACCCAAAUUCCCUCCCACUUUAACUACAAAUGAUCUCAUCAAGAAUACCAACAAAUCUAACACAUUUAACAGAAAAUCAUUUCCAAACGCUUUUAUCGCGUAUAGAAUGGCAUUGACUAAAGAAUAUCAUAAUAAGAGCAUUACACUACCUCACAUGGGCCAUCUAUCUAAGAUCGCAAAAAAGUCUUGGGAGAAAGAAUCACAAAAUGUCAAAGACUUUUAUCAUAAACUAUCUGGGGAUGCUAGAUUUUUGUAUAAGAAAACAACGUUCAAAUCCAAUUUACAAGAUAAUUCUUCUUAUGUUUUAAACUCAGAUGUAAUGAAUUCAAAUUUUAGCGACCGAGAAGCGUACAUUAGAGAUUUAGAGCUUAUCGGAAAAUGGGAAUGUGAGAAAAUUAACAAUGGGGAGGGGAAACGUGAGAAAAUUAACAAGUUGAUGCAUGAUCUUGAACGUCUAAAUAAGAAUUCAGUUAUUGGUAUGGCGGAAAAGAUCAUCCGAACUGCUGCGCAGUUCGGUGAUAUUCCAACCCCCGUACACAAACUGGUUAGGGUAGCGUCGAAUGUAAAUAACGAAUAUGUAAAGGUUAGGGCUGAUUCGACCUUUAGGACGAACGCGGGCUGGUAUUUUAGAUUUAACUAUGACACUUUUAGUUCAAAUGUAAACAUGGUUUGGUACAUAGUGACC